AGAAAAGAUGGCGGCGGUGCAAGUUACCGCCUCGCUCCCUUGUGGGCUGCCGCGGGAGGCUCCACCGGAGCCAACCCCAGAGCAAGACAAUGGGUUCCGGCGCUUGUCUGCCAGGCUCUGUGCCUUGCGCCCGGAUGACAGCAGCUCCGCCCGCACCGAGAUCCACCUGCUUUUCGACCAGCUCAUCUCUGAGAACUUCAGCGAGGGCAGUGGCGUGGCCCCGGAGGAUGUUAGUGCUCUCCUUGUCCAGGCUUGCCGAUUGGUGCCUCUUAAUCAGAAUCAUCUUGUCAGCAAAGUGUCUCAGCUCAUCCACCAUUUGCUUAACAGAUUACAGGUGAUUGUUGAUGAACAGAACCUGGGUUUCCUGUUGCCAUAUACUAUCUCAGCUAUUCGACAGUGUAGUUCCUGGACACACAUGGAAAUUCUGCAAGCCAUGGCAGCUCUGGUUUACUGCAAUGGCUCAAAAUGUCAAAAGUACCUCCCAGACUUGCUAGGCAAGACUGGAAUCUUGACGAAGUUGAGUGAUUUGACUCAGUCUGAUCUUGAAGUCAGGAGAGCUGCAGUACAUUGUAUGGCAAACUUAUGUCUCAGUGUGCCAGGACAGCCGUACUUGGAGGAGCCCUACCAAAAUACCUGCUUCCAAGCUUUCUUGACCACUUUACAAUCUCUAAAAUCGUCUGAUAUGGAUGACGUCACAUUUUGCAUGUUGUUACAAAAUGCACUAAAAGGUAUACAGUCACUUCUAAAUGGUGGGAAAAUGAAACUGACACAAACUGAUAAACUUGGAGCUCUUCUAGCUGUGCUAAAGAAAUCCAUGUUUCAUGGACUCCCUGGACUAAACAUAGAGAUGCCCAUGGUGUUAUACCCAGCUCCACUUCCUCAGUAUGAUGGGCGACCACUUGUCAAACCACAGCCACCAGAGUCUGGUGCUUUUCGACCAACUUUGAAUAAAAAGAAAAAAUCCAGAAUAAAGCCCAAGAAAAUCCAGCAAGGAGAAGAAGAGGAAAAAGAAUCCAGUGGUGAAGUAGAAGCAGCCCCAGUCACUGGCACAGGCAGAGCGAACACGCACGAAGGGAACACUUGGUGUUCCUCCUCCCUGGGUGUCCAGAGUUUGCCUUUAGAUGAAAGUGGACCUGCAGGAAAAGAUGGAGUCUCCUUACCCUUCAGUUCUUCCAGUUGGAAAAGGGUCAGCAGUAGUGAGUCAGAUUAUUCUGAUGCUGAAGGAGGCAUGCAGAGUAAAAUGAGGUCUUACCAAGCCAGAGUUCGCCAAGGAGCAUUAGCUUGUUUUCUUUCUACUGUAAAAUCAAUAGAAAAAAAAGUUCUUUAUGGCUACUGGUCAGCCUUCGUUCCUAAUACGCCUGAGCUUGGAAGCCCACAAUCUGUGUCCUUGAUGACUCUUACAUUAAAAGAUCCUUCUCCAAAGACACGUGCCUGUGCUCUGCAAGUCUUAUCUGCCAUGUUGGAAGGCUCAAAGCAGUUUCUUUCUGUUGCUGAAGAUACCAGUGACCACCGAAGGGCCUUUACUCCCUUCUCUGUAAUGAUUGCUUCUAGCAUUAGAGAGUUGCAUAGGUGUCUUUUGUUAGCGUUGGUGGCAGAGUCAUCUUCACAGAUCCUUACUCAGAUAAUUAAGUGCCUUGCAAAUUUAGUCUCAAAUGCACCUUAUAACCGUCUGAAACUUAGCCUGCUGACCAAAGUAUGGAACCACAUAAAGCCUUAUAUCCGCCACAAAGACGUUAAUGUUCGUGUGUCAAGUCUCACACUCUUGGGAGCUAUAGUGUCCACUCAUGCACCUUUACCUGAAGUCCAGCUGCUUCUCCAACAGCCAUGUUCUUCUGGACUCAGUAAUAGCAAUUCAGCAACUCCUCACCUGAGCACUCCUGACUGGUGGAAGAAAGCCCCUGCAGGACCCUCUCUGGAAGAAGCAUCAGUUAGCUCACCCAAGGGGUCUUCAGAGCCCUGCUGGCUCAUUCGACUUUGCAUUUCCACUGUUGUGCUGCCCAGGGAGGAUUCCUGUUCAGGUGGCGAUGCUGGCUCUGCAGCAAGAGGCACCUAUGAACCGUCCCCCAUGCGACUGGAAGCCUUACAGGUAUUAGCUCAUCUGGCAAGAGGCUACUUUUCAAUGGCUCAGGUCUACUUGAUGGAGCUUGGAGAGCUGAUUUGCAAGUGCAUGGGAGAAGCAGAUCCAUCCGUUCAGCUUCAUGGAACAAAGCUUCUUGAAGAACUAGGUACAGGCUUGAUACAACAGUAUAAACCGGAUUCUACUAUACCACCUAAUCAGAGGGUACCAGUCUUCUUGGUGGUCGUAUUCUGGACUAUGAUGCUGAACGGUCCUUUACCCAGAGCCCUGCAGAAUUCAGAGCACCCGACCCUCCAGGCGAGCGCUUGUGAUGCCCUGUCUUCCAUCUUGCCAGAGGCUUUCAGCAAUCUACCGAAUGACAGGCAGAUCCUGUGCAUCACAAUGCUACUCGGGCUGAACGACAGCAAGAACUGCUCAGUGAAAGCUGCAACCUCGCGGGCCCUUGGAGUCUAUGUGCUGUUCCCCUGCCUCAGACAGGAUGUCAUAUUUGUUGCAGACACAGCAAAUGCGAUAUUGAUGUCACUUCAAGACAAGUCUCUGAAUGUUCGAGCGAAAGCAGCCUGGUCCCUGGGCAACCUGACAGACACUCUGAUUGCUAACAUGGAAACACUAGACCCAAGUUUCCAGGAAGAGUUCUCUGGUCUCCUGCUCUUGAAAAUGUUGCGAUCAGCUAUAGAGGCAUCCAAGGAUAAAGACAAGAUAAAAAGCAAUGCAGUCCGGGCCCUUGGAAAUUUGCUUCACUUUCUGCAACCCUCUCAUAUAGAAAAACCCAGAUUCGCUGAAAUCAUUGAAGAGUCUAUCCAGGCCCUAAUUUCUACUGUUCUUACUGAGGCUGCAAUGAAAGUCCGAUGGAAUGCUUGUUAUGCAAUGGGAAAUGUAUUUAAAAAUCCUGCCCUUCCUUUAGGAACUUCCCCAUGGACCUCCCAGGCCUACAAUGCCCUGACAUCAGUUGUUACGUCAUGCAAGAACUUCAAGGUGCGCAUCAGGUCCGCAGCUGCCCUUUCCAUCCCAGGCAAGAGAGAGCAAUAUGGGUCUAUUGACCAGUAUGCUCGGAUCUGGAAUGCGUUGGUCACUGCCUUACAGAAGAGUGAAGAUACCACAGACUUUCUGGAAUUCAAGUACUGUGCCAGCCUACGGACCCAGAUCUGCCAGGCACUGAUUCACCUUAUGAGUUUGGCCAGUGCCUCAGAUCUGCCUGGUAUCAGAGGAAGACUUGAAUUGAAUAGAAAUAUGGUCCAGUCCUAUAUCCUACAGUUUUUAAAAUCAGGAACAGAGGGAGAUGACACCAGAGGACCCCAUAGCCCACAGGAAAGAGACCACAUGGUCAAAGCGGCCCUGAAACACAUAAGCAGUGUCCAGGCCCUGGCUGGAGACACAUCCAAAAGGGUCAUCGUGGGCUUUUUAGAGGAGACCCUGACCAUUUAUUUUGACUCUUCUGAAUCACAAGUGGCACUCCUAGAGUUAAAAAAUCAUUGAAGAUUCCAUCAUACUUUCCAGACGUUACAGUAAUAGGAAGACCCAAACUUGAGCAUAAUAUACGAGGUUUUUAAUUAUGGGGGCAAAAACAAUACAUUCACUAUUUAUUUAAAAUGCAUUAUCAGCUAUUUAAAUUUUCUCGAUGGGCUGGUCCCACUGUACUGGCCAUCAUCAGCGUUGUUAUAACCUCUGACUAACCUCUGACCUGUGCAACCAGGAGCCAAGGAGUUAAGUUGUAGUGUGAACCAGACAGACUGGGGGAUUGUGAAGACACUCUUAGUCUCGGGGGAAAAGGUAGAAGGAUUUAGGAAAGAGAGUGUUGUAUAUUGGGUUUCUGGGAAUUGUUUUUCUUUUAUAAUAAAUGAAAAAAUAGUGUGUCCAUAA